AUGCUCAGGCUCGUUCUCGUCCUUCAUGGGGUUAACAAAGUAUCCUGUUUGGACGGCGUCUGUUAGAGAUGGGCUUGUGUUGGCAAAUUGGAAAUGGUCGCUCAGCUUCCAUGCUUCACUCUACUUGGGUUCCUCAAAAUUAGUUUGAGCCCCUACGAUAUAAUCCUAAGGUUCUCUAGGCUAGGGGUGACCCUCCAGUCUCUGAGCUGAUUUGUCCGGGGGAGGGACGCUGGUGUGACAUGAAGCUUUGCCAAUGGUUUGACCCAGCUACUUGUCGUAGUAUAAAAGCCAUUCCACUCCCGAGGGAGAAUGUGGAGGACAGACUCAUUUGGCAUGAUACGACUGUUGGUGAAUUCUCGGUUAAAUUUGGUUGUCUCCCUUGAUCGGAGAAGAGGAAGAUGGAAAGCGACGGUUGGUUGAAUGGAUAGGGCCAGUUGGAUUCGACUUUGGAAUGCCAACAUUCUGCCGAAAUUAAAAGUACUAUUUUUUUGGCGGGUGUUCAACCGGAUCCUCCCCACGGCGGAAGCCCUAAUCCAUAGAAAGGUCCUGGUUCAUCCCCGAUGUCCGGUCUGUUGGGAUAGUUCCGAAACAAUGGAACAUCUAUUCCUGGAUUGCCCGGUGGCACGAGCCCUUCGGGGGGCGGCAGGGCUGGAACAUAUAGGGGAGAGUUUACCCCGUCACACUUUUCCGCUCUUUCUCAAAAAAUUGAUGGCUUUACUUGAUCAGCCUGCACUGUUUCUGGCAAUAGUGGCCAUCCUCUGGCGCAUAUGGCGAUCUAGUAACUGGGUGGUUUUUGAAGGCAAACAGUAUGGGAUCACUACUUUGAUGCGCCAUUUUACGCAGCAAUAUGAGGAAUGGGUGAGGCUCCCGGUUGAUAUACCUCUUCAGGCCCAUGCCCCCGCAGCUCACCAGUCUAUCCGGGAGGAUUCGUCUGUGGUCAUCAUUGGAUGGGAUGGGGCUACUCGGAGGGGAUCGCACUAGGCGGGAGGAGUGGUGCUUAUGUCCCAGAAUCGGGAUGUCCUUUGGGCUGUGGGGAUCCAAUUCUCGGUCAUUGAUGACCCUCUCGUAGUGGAAUUACUUGUCCUCCGAGAGGCGAUUCUUUGGUGUCUGGGUCAAGGCUUAACGAGCGUGAGGUUUGAAGGGGAUGCCAAGGUGAUCAUCGAGAAAAUAAGGCGGGCUGAUAUAAGAGACAAUAGGGUGGGUGUUGUGCUAGAGGAAGUGUUCGAUUUAUAGUCGGAGUAGCAAUAGAGUAGCUCACAUGGUGGCUAGAAAGACCCUCUCUCUGUACCCGGCUAUGAGUCGAUUCUUUGACUUUCAGGCCUUGCUGAUAUCCAGGGUGUAACUGUCUAUCUUUUUUGUUGAUCCAAUACAAGAUUAUCUUUUGU